AUGCAAAGAAAGUCCGAGGAAACAUUUUGGGGAAACAGAUCUUACACGCCUGAGGAAUUCGAAAUUCCGCAAGCAACCUUAGACAAACAAUUAGGACCCGAGUUUUUAAGCACUCGACCUGGACCAAGUGAUACAGGGUAUGGAUCAGCGGAUAACAUGAAGAUAAAAGCUCUGGCCUUUGAAAAGUAUGAAAAAUUUAACACUACGGAUAAUAUGAAAAGAUUGAAUACUGUGGAUAAUUCUAAAACCAAGGAUCCAUUAAUACCUUCGAUAUCUUCAAGUAAUAAUGAUUUACAAAACCAUUCAAUUUCCAAUAUAGGAUUUAUUCAAGAUUUAAAAGAUUCUAAUUUAAAGAAUUUAAAAGAUUCUAUGAAUAAUAAUAAUAUUUCUUUAAAUCAAGAAGCAUAUCAAAAUUUAAAUCCUAAUCAUCAUCUUAAUCAAUGUAUUGAAAUAAAAAGAACAAAAUGUUAG